UUGCAACAGUUUGAACUUGCUGACAAUGAAUGGGAAAUUGCCGGUCAACUUUAUGACAUAUUGAAGAUUCUCAAGGACACCACCCUCUUCUUCUCCCGCUCAACUCCCAAUCUUGCUACUGUCAUCCCUGCAAUGGAUUUAAUCGAUGACCAGAUGACAAAGUAUUCUCGCGACACUAAAUACUCACCAUUGAUUCAUGCUGCAGUUCAGAUCGCCAAGAAGACCCUCGACCGAUACUAUCAGAUGAUGGACAAGUCAGAGGUAUAUAGGAUUGCCAUGGUCCUACAUCCUCGUCACAAAUUGGCCUAUUUCAAGUCCACUGGUUGGGAGGAAGAUUGGGUCACCACAGCGGAAACUCUUGUGCGCGAGGAGUUUGAGCAUGCCUACCAGGACAUGGAGAUCGAAGAGGACGACAUUGACUCAAUGGUGGUUAACAGUGCCACUAACCUGGUCACAGAUACUUCGUGCGAGGUUGUUUUCUUUCAAUCUACUUUGUUCUAUUCACUAACUGUAUUGUAG